ACCACAUGGCUCUUUUCCAACGAGAGACGUUUUGAGAUCAGACACAGGAACCGGAGCUGAGCAACAGCAAGAACAGCAAAUUCGACCAUCUUUCGGCUCCAAACCCAGCCGAGAUACACACACACCCUGCAUCUCCCACCACACAGACCUUUAUUCCUAUUUAUCCUUCUUUCAUUUUGAUACAAGGGACUUGAAUUGAGCAUUUGGGGUGAGAUUGAUAACAGGUGAUCAGCCAGGAAAGGAUUUACUGCACGACCUCAUAUUGGCUGUUGGGAGGUGAUGACAGCCGACAAGCCCGUGCCCAUGGUGAACGGGAGGCACGCGGAUGACGCCGAGGCUCCGCACGCGAGCCCCGUGCACGAGCGCGGCCAGUGGGACAGCAAGGUGGAGUUCAUGCUCUCUGUGGCCGGAGAGAUCAUCGGACUCGGCAACGUGUGGCGGUUCCCGUACCUCUGCUACAAGAACGGAGGAGGUGCUUUCUUUGUGCCUUAUGUCAUCUUCUUCGUGUGCUGCGGUAUUCCUGUGUUCUUCCUGGAGACAGCGCUAGGCCAGUUUACCAGCGAAGGAGGAAUCACAUGCUGGAGAAAAGUGUGUCCACUUUUUGAGGGUAUUGGCUAUGCAACUCAGGUCAUCGAGGCACAUCUGAACGUGUAUUAUGUGAUUAUUUUGGCAUGGGCAAUCUUCUACCUGUUUAACUGCUUUACCACUGAGCUGCCCUGGGCCUCUUGUGAUCAUUACUGGAAUACAGAAAACUGUGUGGAUUUCAACAAUGCCAGUCUGGCAAACCUCAGCAACCCUUAUGCCACCUCACCAGUCAUGGAGUUUUGGGAGCGUCGUGUCCUCAGUAUUUCUGGUGGAAUUGAGCAGGUUGGGAAGCUGCGCUGGGAACUCGCUCUGUGCCUCGCAGUGGCUUGGUUCAUAUGUUAUUUUUGCAUAUGGAAAGGUCCUAAAUCAACCGGAAAGGUUGUAUACAUCACUGCAACCUUCCCUUAUUUCAUGUUGGUAAUCCUGCUCAUUAGAGGGAUCACUCUUCCUGGUGCAGCAGAAGGUAUCAAGUUCUACCUUUACCCAGAUAUCUCUCGGCUUUCAGACCCUCAGGUGUGGGUGGAUGCUGGAACUCAGAUCUUCUUUUCCUAUGCCAUCUGUCUGGGAUGUCUGACUGCUCUUGGGAGCUAUAACAGUUAUAAUAACAACUGUUACAGGGACUGCGUCAUCCUAUGCUGCUUAAACAGUGGCACGAGUUUUGUGGCAGGAUUCGCCAUCUUCUCUGUGCUAGGUUUCAUGGCUUAUGAACAGAACGUGCCGAUUGAAGCUGUGGCAGAAUCAGGACCAGGUCUGGCUUUUAUUGCAUAUCCAAAAGCUGUGACCAUGAUGCCAUGGUCACCGCUGUGGGCUUGCCUCUUCUUCAUGAUGCUCAUCUUCCUCGGCUUGGACAGUCAAUUUGUAUGUGUAGAGAGUCUUGUGACUGCCGUGGUGGACAUGUACCCCAAAACCUUCAGGGUGGGAUACCGUCGAGAGCUCCUGAUCUUAGGCAUGUCUGUGGCUUCUUAUAUUUUGGGUCUAACAAUGUUGACAGAGGGUGGCAUGUAUGUGUUCCAGUUGUUUGAUUCUUAUGCUGCCAGCGGGAUGUGUUUGCUUUUUGUGGCCAUUUUUGAGUCCAUCUGCAUCGGCUGGGUCUACGGCGGUGACAAGUUUUAUUCGAACAUUGAGGACAUGAUUGGGUACAAGCCAGUAUUCUUCAUUAAGUGGUGCUGGAAGAUCCUCACCCCUGGCAUCUGUUCAGGAAUUUUCCUCUUUUUCUUGAUCAAAUAUAAGCCCCUGAAAUACAACAAUGUGUACACAUAUCCAGACUGGGGUUAUGGCAUUGGAUGGACGAUGGCAAUGUCCUCGAUGAUCUGCAUCCCUCUGGGCAUUAUAGUCCAGAUCUGGAAAACAGAAGGAACCUUUAUGGAGAGAAUCAAGAAGCUGACCACCCCAAGCUCUGAUCUGAGGAUGAGAGGCCACCUCAGUGCAAAGAGUCCUUACGCCAUUAAUGACGCUGACGCUAAAAUGAGGGUGGAUGGCAAAAUCUCCACCAUUACGGAGAAGGAGACACAUUUCUAAACCUGUACCUACCAAGACACCAUCACAGCCACCAAGACUGGAAAGGAAAAGAACUUAAAGCUUGCCUCAAUUUUUGGUGAAGAUAAAAUGAUUAUCACAUUCUUAGCCUUGCCCUUUUUGCACAAAUGUUUAACGCAUCCAUUACGAGUUAACUUCAUAAUAAAAAAAUCUCAUAUUCACGUUUUUAUAAAAAGAACUAGACUGUUAAAGGUGAUCUUGUACUUUAUGUAUUUUUUGUGACACUAGUGAUUGCCGUACCUAGAGUGAAGCCAAGGUAAAAAUGUUCUGUAAGGUGUUUCUGCAUUUUGACUCCUGUCAGUGCCAUUGUUCCCUACAGGAUGUUCCUAAUGUGUAGGAAAAAAAACAUUUUAUGACCAUUCCAAAUGUUACAGGUAUGUUUUUAGUGGAUUCUUUAUUUGAUGGAUAAAAAUUAUGGUACAUUUGGUUGGCAGUAGACUCCUCGCAGGGCGAGCAUGACUUAGCACACUCAGUGUCAAAAAGUCAUUUUAUACAGUACAGCAUGGACUUAAUGCUACUUCACGGUUAAACUGAGUUUAAUCCAAGGUGACAAAUUGAACACAGUUUUUCAUUUUUGUGCAUUGUGAUCUUAGAUAGCCAGCUGGACUAUUCAAUGCUGUAGUGGGCACUUCACACUUUCAUGUUAUAGAGCAGUCUGUUGACAAGCUGGUGACCCAAGGAAAACUGUUCAGUGUUUUUUGGUAAAGUAUGAGAAUAAGGCCAGUUUUUUUUUUUUUUUUUUUUUUUUUUUGCAGUACACAUUCACUAUAUGGAUACCAUUAUAGAUAAAUGUGGCUUAUAAUUGUUGGUUCUGUUUUAUGCAAGUUUGGGCCUUAAGAUAGAAAAAGAUUAAAGGCAAGUAGGAUUUAACAGGGAUAUGUGGUAAAAGGCAUAAUAUCCUAAUGUUGUUUGGACUGGCUAACACACUUGCUGCUAUUAUCACGUUUACCACCUGAUGUGUAGAGUGAAAUGUGCCCGUAAAUUGGUAUGUGCCGUUAGACUGACCUAAUGAUGCUAAGUAUAUUUCUAAUACUACGAUUAACUAGAUUUUUGAUUGUCUUGAGUAAGAAAAAGAACUGACAAAAGUGUUAUCAGGGCAACCAGCUACUUCGACCCUUUAGAUUUCCAGUUGUCUUGGAUCCACUGUGAGCCCUGUGCACAUGCAUGUGAUCUUUGGUAUGGUCUAAUUCAUCAUGACACUAUCUCUUCUGUUUGUGAAAGUAAACUGUUUUACAUUUUAAUAGCCUAACUUCUGAGGUUGCUAUAUAUUUUUACAUUUGGUUAGGGUAUUUUUGUGUCUACUAUUUCUUGAGAUGAACAAAAGGAAAAAAAGACAGAAAAUUUGUUUAUUGGGUGUCUUUUGAUAUGCCAUUCAUCAUGGCGUUUUAGAGAUAAUGCAAAUGUUAUAUGUGCUGUUUACACAAAUUUUGGUAUUCACAGGACAUAAGAAUGAUCUGCUUACUCAUUUUUAAAAAUAAA